CCGGAUGGUGGAAGCUGCUCGUCAACAGGGCUCUGACCAAUCAGCGCGGGCGUGGGCGUGUCCACCGCCUGCAUUCCUCUCUGGCGUUGGACCCAUAACAAAACGGCGAAGGCACCACGAAUGGCAAACAAGUCCGAAUAAAAGACAACGAGCUCCCGAGACAAUUGCAGCUAUGGGCAAGUCCCAGUCACACUUGGCCAAGCACAAAGACGAAAGUCAGGAUGCUCUGACGGCUGCAGGCGAGUACAGAGACGGUCAGACGGAGGAGGAUGGAAAGAAUGGAGACGUAUCUCAGUUCCCCUACGUGGAGUUUACCGGACGCGACAGCGUAACGUGCCCCACGUGUCAGGGCACCGGCAGAAUCCCCCGAGGUCAAGAAAAUCAGCUUGUAGCUCUGAUUCCAUACAGUGAUCAAAGGCUCCGGCCAAGCAGGACAAAGCUGUAUGUCACAAUAUCAGUUGCCCUUUGUCUGCUGCUGUGUGGCCUGGCAGUUUUCUUCUUAUUCCCUCGCUCCAUUGAUGUCUCCUAUGUGGGAGUGAAGUCUGCUUAUGUCUCCUAUGACCAGGAAAAACGAAUUGUCUAUCUCAACAUUACAAGCACUCUGAACAUCACUAAUAACAACUACUACACGAUAUCCGUGACUAAUAUCACAGCACAAGUGCAAUUCUCCAAGACGGUGAUAGGAAAGGCCAAGUUAAGCAACAGCACAGUGAUCAUACCUCUGGAUGAACAGCAGAUCGAUUACACCGUUCCCACCAUCAUUGCUGAUGAGAUGAGUUACAUGUUUGACUAUUGCACCUUGCCAACUAUUAAAGUCCACAACAUAGUGGUCAUGAUGCAGGUGACGGUGACAACAUCGUACUUUGGCCACGCCGAGCAGGUCUCCCAGGAGAUGUACCAGUAUGUGGACUGUGGGGGGAACACUACCUCCUUGCAUGGGCACGUGCAGGUCUACUAACAUGGCAAGAAAAGCACCCUACGCAUCCAAUACAGCUCGGACAGGUUGUCAGAGAGGUUUGCACGUUGGACGGAUUUUCUCAGUGACAAAAAAUGGUGGACAUGGACAUUACAUUCAUUAAAUUAGUCACAGAGGCUUAUUCAUUCUUACAUCCCAAACUGAGGAGAUAAACUUACCUGCUACAGCCAGAAUUUCAGGGGGGUUUCCUCAAAAACUAGUUUUCCAAUAAAAGAGAGCCAAUUUAAUAUUCCCAUGCAAUAAAAGCAUUUGCAUUAUGUUUACAUCAUUCAUCAGCAUCUAAAUUACUGGAAGCUCUAGUUUCAGACACAAUGCACUUUAGCGUAAUUUUUAUUUAAAUAAAUAAUUUAUGGGUUCAAUAACAAAGCUGCAGCUGCUACUGGGCCCUCCUAAAGCUCUUAAUAAAUGACUACAAGCUAACUUGGAGAGGUGCAUGAAUUUGACACAGUGAAAACUACUGAGCAGUUCCUAACCACUUUACUCUGCCCUGUUUACAUUCUUUCCUACAGCAGCCCUACGGUACACUCUUCAGUUGCAUUAAGCACACACCUCAAUAUUGUAUAGAGUAAAAUGGAUAAUGUGUUAUGUUUAUUUGUUUGUCUUUGGUUUGUUUGGAUUUGAGUUCUCUAUUUUCUAGAGUUAAAAUUUACUUAUCCCACUCACUUAUUAUUUAAUAGCAGUUGUGAUUAUAAUAAAGACUUCCAUUAACAUUAUUUUAAUGAAUAAUUAAACCUAUUUGUCAUUUAUUUUAGUUUAAUAGCAAAAGCCAGAGCAUUACAGUGGGUCAUGAAGUAUAGGAAUGUGUAAUAUUAAUGUGUAAUUUUCUUUAAAACACAUUUCAUUAGGAGUAAUAUCUGGUGUGGAAUUAACUCUUUCCUACUUAAGCUAGCUUGUCCUAUUUUUGUGCACUAUUGCCUCAUCACUAUUUUAAUCCACUCAAUUUGUAUUGUUAUCAUGUAUUGUGAGUUCACUGCUGUUUUUGAGGUUUAAAAUGAUUGACUCGUUUUACUUUAUUCCAUUUUGGAUCGGUUUAUUGUUAGGGAGUUAAUAUGAUGAAUAUUUGAUAAAAUUUUACAGAAUGACUUGUGAUAAGAAGACUCAAUAAAUUUAUUAUUUAAAGUUGACUUGAAGAAAAUGAAAAUAUAACUCUAAGUCAAACCUUGGUUUACUGUGUGAAUACCGUACUGUUACUGCCUAACACAUUUUCGUGCAUGACGCUGAAAAUAAACUCAUCACAUUUUGAA